AUGACGCUCCUCAAAUUAUCCAUCGUAUUAAUUUUUAUUACAAUGGCUAAAACGCAAAACUUCACGUGCGAGGAUCUGCUUGACAUAUCCGAUAAUAAAAACUCGAUCUCAUUACCUAGAUUACAAACAAUGCAACGUAAAGAUAUAAUUACUUGUUUAGUUCACCUUGGCAAGAAGCCGUUGCGUUCUCUCGAGGCCGAUUACAUUUGGCACUCAAUUAAAAUAUUUUACGGCGACAUCGCGAAUAUUCCAGAAAGUAUACUGGCAGCGUUGCAGUGGGUUACACCAGCUAUACAAGCUGAAGAGUAUUAUAAUAUAACGCUGGGUAGUAUUGAUGUGAUUCAAAAUUUUGGUAAGGACUAUGUGCUGAACGAAAAUCAACUAACAGCUGUCGCUGAACGUGUAAGAGAUGACUUUAAAGAACCGGAAGAUUUCACCUUCUAUGACUUGGUUGCUUUAAAGCAAAUUCUAUGUGCUUUUAAUGGAAGCGAAAUAGAAAGAAUUCACGCUAAAGCAUACAAGGCAGCGUUUGUUGAAAUUGGUGAAUUGAAGAGAUGCAGUACCGAUGUGUUGCAGGGAUUUCUUAAAUUGGCAACAGACAGUUCGGCUUUUGGACCACCAGAUAACUGGGAUAAUGUAGUUUUGUGUUCUAUCGGCGCCCUGGGAGAGAUAUUGCCUAAAAAAAUACAAGAUAAGAUUAGUAAAGCUAAGAGGGAACUGAAAUCUUUGACGCCCUAA